GGCCGCUCAGGCAGGAUGGCGGCGGCGGCAGCCGCGGGGCCCGGCGCGGGCGCGGUCCCGGGCGCAGGCGGCGGCGGCGGGGCGCGCGAGGGCGCGCGGGUGGCGGCGCUGUGUCUACUGUGGUACGCGCUGAGCGCGGGCGGCAACGUGGUCAACAAGGUGAUCCUGAGCGCCUUCCCGUUCCCGGUCACCGUGUCGCUGUGCCACAUCCUGGCGCUGUGCGCCGGGCUGCCGCCGCUGCUGCGCGCCUGGCGCGUGCCGCCCGCGCCGCCCGUGUCGGGCCCCGGACCUGGCCCGCACCCGGCGUCCGGCCCGCUGCUGCCGCCGCGCUUCUACCCGCGCUACGUGCUGCCGCUCGCCUUCGGCAAGUACUUCGCGUCGGUGUCGGCGCACAUCAGUAUCUGGAAGGUGCCGGUGUCCUACGCGCACACCGUCAAGGCCACCAUGCCCAUCUGGGUGGUCCUCCUGUCCCGGAUCAUCAUGAAGGAAAAACAGAGCACCAAGGUGUACCUGUCACUGGUCCCCAUCAUCAGCGGAGUCCUACUGGCCACUGUCACAGAGCUGUCUUUCGACGUGUGGGGGCUGGUCAGCGCCCUGGCGGCCACACUAUGCUUCUCCCUUCAGAAUAUCUUCUCCAAAAAGGUGUUGAGGGACUCAAGGAUCCACCACCUGCGGCUGCUCAACAUCCUGGGCUGCCAUGCCGUGUUCUUCAUGAUCCCCACGUGGGUUCUGGUGGACCUCUCCACCUUCCUGGUGAGCAGCGACCUGGCCUAUGUGUCUCAGUGGCCCUGGACACUGCUGCUCUUGGCGGUCAGCGGAUUCUGCAACUUCGCACAGAACGUCAUCGCCUUUAGCAUCCUCAACCUCAUCAGCCCGCUCAGCUACUCUGUGGCCAAUGCCACCAAAAGGAUUAUGGUCAUCACCGUGUCCCUCAUCAUGCUUCGCAAUCCAGUGACCAGCACUAAUGUGCUGGGCAUGAUGACUGCCAUUCUGGGUGUCUUUCUGUACAACAAGACCAAGUACGAUGCGAACCAGCAGGCUAGGCGCCACCUCCUUCCAGUCUCUGCGUCGGACCUGAGCAGCAGAGAGCACCUGCGGAGCCCGGUAGAGAAGCCCCACAAUGGUGCGCUGUUUCCUCAGCAGGGUGACUUCCAGUACCGCAACGUUCUCCUCACAGACCAUUUCCAGUACGGCCGCCAGAGCCACCCGAACUCCUAUGCCCUCAGCCGCCAUGAUGUGUAGGUGCCACCAGGCCAGGCCUCCUGCACCACCUCCCUACGCCCAGCAGCCUGGCUGAGCACAUGGCCGGCCAGCAGGGGAGCCCUAGAUCCUGAUGGGCCGUGGGAUGUGACCACAAUAUGGACAGCCACAGGCUCUGGGCAGAGGGAGAGCCAUCGAGAGAUCCUGGUUCACUCUUCUGCUCAGAGGCCACGUUCUGCAUUGGUGCACAGGGGUGCCCUCGGUACAUUGCAGAGGUCUGGUCUGAACUUCUGGCGACAACAAGGACCCACUCUGCAGAACUGGCGUCACUGUGGCUACGGUCCUGGAAGCCAGCAGGAGGUGGCAUCUGGGGCAUCAAGGAGAGGACAGCGGGGCUGUAAGCCCAGAGGUAUAGAGAGCGGAAACAGGUACCAUUACCUACCCCCGAGACAGUGCUCCAGGAUGUCCCAAGGCAGUUGGCCACUUGCAGCUAGUGCUGACCUGGGGCAGACUUACAGUGGCCAUCGGUUGGUUCAUCAGCCAUCGGUGUGGCCUUCCUCUGCCGUGUGGGUGUGAGAGCAGGAUACCAGCCUCCACUCCAGGCCUGGGUGGCCCUGGGACUCUAGAAGAGGUUAACCUUGGUUGCAUCCCCACCCUUCUGAUGCCACAGAAGGCCAGGUGAUGGUGUCGACAGUUCCCUUAGGACCUCAAGUUUCUUUGGAGAACAUCUUGUUGGCUAUGGGAACUUUGGAGCCUGGGUCCUGGCAGGCACUGCACCAGGGCUAGCCAAUAGGUGAAAACAGUCCCGACUCAUUUCAAAAUAUGGGAUGUUUGCUGUUGGAAGAGCCCCUGGAGCUCAGUGGUAGCAGGCCAUGCUGAAGGGUCCUGAAGCUGCAGCCGGAGUUGCAGAAGGUGGAAUCCACACACCAAAUACAGCGUCGCCUGUCAGGGAGGGGAUGGUAUGUGGGUCGGGAUCUGAACUGUCCCAGUGGGUGGGACAGCUGUGUCACAGUGGUUGAGACAGCAGGCAGGUGUUAGUUUUUUAGCUGAGAGUCAGUUUGAGGCUGGGUUGGUGGAGUGCCUUCCUCUCGUGCAUGUGUCAGGCUUCUGUCCCCAGCGUCACAGAAAGCGACACACUGGUACAGGCCUGCCUUUCCAGCACUCUGGGAGCAAGGUCAGGGUCCUCGGACUACAUGAGAGCUCAUCUCAAGAAAAAGAUCAUUUUAGGGACCUGGCCUGGUGGCAUACAUCCAGGGGCUGAGCCAGGAGGAUGACCAUGAGUUUGAAGCCAAUCUGGGCUACAUAUUGAGACUGUCUCAGAAACAAGCAAAAAGUUUGGCGGCUCAUCCUGGUGGCUUACACCUAUGGUUGUAGCUACUCAGGAAACCAAGGCAGGAGGCUCUUCCAAGCCUGAGAGUUCAAGGCCAGUGUGGCAGCAGCGCAAGGAGAACCUUUUGGUGAGCAGUGGUGUGGGUUCUGGUGUGGGCACAGCAGGUAAAUGGUGGGACCCAAGGUUUGUGACAAGUCUUCUUUGGCAGUCAGGGGCAUCAGGCUUAGUUUGGGGUAUCUUUAAGUUUGGGUUUUUGUUUGUUUUUGAGACAGGGUCUCAAAAUAUAGACCACCCUGGCCUCAAACUCAUAGAGAUCUACCCGUCCCUGCCUCCUGAGCGCUGGGAUUAAAAGCAUGUGCUGCCACGCCUACCUGGAGACGUCCUCACCAAGGCUCCCAGACAGACCUUCCACUCUCUUAGCAUUCUUUGUGCCUCUGUCUCCGUCUCUAAGCCCCGAGCUGACAAGGGCGUCAUGGCACCCCAGUCCUCACCUCCUGGUUUGUUGGGUCCCUCUGCUUUUGAUGAAUAGGAGUUUUGUAUCUAAGGUAGGUUCAUUGGCAGUGCCAGCCUCAAGGCAGGCCCAUCUGCCCUGCUUGCUGGUUUGCAGAUGUUCAGAGCCCACACUGCAGUGGGAAGGAGCCCCUUGGUAAGGUGGUCUGGUGGGUUUUCCUCCUGGGGAAGACACAGACACCUGACACUACAGAGGUCUCUGUGAGCGUCCCUGUCUGCGCUGAACUCAAAAUGAAUUAUGUCUUUUUGGAUUUCCAUGAUGUUGCUGUAAUAUGUAUAUUAAUGCAUUUUUCCUUUUCCAAUGUGAGGUUUGCCAGGGAGGGAAAGGCUCAUCUCACUUUUCUUACGGUUUAUAAAUUAAUAAAUGGGAUAUUUAAUUCUGUUCAUAGGCGUACAGUGGGUGUGAACACAGGAAUGGAUGAGACAAUCAGGUAGACCAGAUGGGUGCAGUCCUCACCUGGUAUUGAUGAAGCCCUGGGCACCAUCCUCAGCACCACAUAAACCGGUGGUACAUACCUAUUACCCUACACUCAGGAGGCCGAGGCAGUUACAAGCAGGAGUUCACGGUUAUCUCUGGCUACACAGUGAGUUUGAAGCCAGCCUGAGCUACAGGACAAAACAAAACAGACUUGAUGGUCCAUGGUUUGCCUUGGCCAUUCAAAGUCACAUUAGCCCCAGACUUGUUUCCCAUGCCAUGUUCACCUCUCCAGUUCCACCCUGUCCCACCUCUCUGUUGGGGUUCAUAUUAGAGAAUCUUUGCUGCUCUUUCCAUAUACCCUUUGAGAUGGCCUGGCCAAAACACUUAUCCUGACCCACCCAACUCCUUCAUUUUGCAGAAGGGGAAACAAGUUUAGAAUAGUUUUGAAUGUCUGUUCACUAUUAGAAUACUCAGAAUGGGGCUUCUUUUAGUUAUUUCUUUGAGAUGGUAUCUGCCUGUGUAGCCCAGACUGGCCGCAGGAUGGAAGGCAGUCCUCAGCCUCGGUCCUGGUGCUGAGGUGAUGCAGGACUGCCACACCCAGCACCUUAUGUUAUACCAUUUAUUCUAGGGAAGGAGAUGAGCCAGAUGUGUUAGGGCAGGGAAGUACCUGAGACUCGAUUUCCCUGUGUGUUGGGAGGACUCCGGGCACUCAGUUCUUCAAGACCAGACUCUAAGCCCCAAAACCUCAGGGUCUGAAACGGGAAACUGUCAUGUUCUUGUUUUCCAUUGUCAUCCUCCUGAGGCUCCGGUGUCAUAGGCCGUUCUGUGGGAAUAGCUGUGUUCCUGGUCGGCAUUCACCAAAAAUAAAUGAUGGUCUCCGGGGG